AGUAUCUAAUGUUACCUGUCUAUAAUAAUAGCAAGAAGUAUAAAACAUAUCUAUAACUAGGUACACAUAAGAUUUCUAUGAGAUGAGUAAAAUUAUGGAACUAUGUGGAACUUUCAAAUGUGGUACUUCAACUUUAUUUUAUGUGGUGUAUUUCCUAAGAUCAGUAAUGUACGUAAACGGGAUUGAACAGUAUCCUACAGACCAUGAGAAAGGAUUGCCAGAGAAAGUAUCUCAACCAGACUACUUAUUCUUUUACCAGGGAGUAGAAGGUACUCCAGGAAUAGACUUUCCUGUGUACUCGCAUAUUCCAAGUACCAAAUUCAGUUGCAAAGAAUUGGAAUCAGGAUAUUACGCAGAUACUGACACAGACUGCCAGGUUUUCCACAUCUGCGAAGAUGAGAAGAAAAUAUCCUUCUUGUGUCCAAAUGGAACUAUUUUCCAGCAGACAGACCUUAUUUGCGAGUGGUGGUUUAAAGUUAAUUGCAGCCAUUCGCCAUAUUUGUAUGAAGAAAGUGCAGAGAAUCUUCGAGAAAAUGUAGCCAAGAGGAAAUCCUUCAGAAGAGUUCACCUGAAUACCCAAGAAUUAGAUAAAAGCACAUUAGGAGUUAAAGAGAAUUCUUUUAUUGAUAGAGUAGCAGAUAAUAAGUAUAACACACAGCAUUUUAGUAAUACCAAUAAUAAAAAUGAUCGUUUAGUUACUACUCAGAAUAAUAAUUAUAAUACUCAUAAUUUAAAACCUAAAAAUUUGCAGAAUAAUCAUCAAACUAACAGAGCAAAAGUUAAAAGUAAUAAUAAAAAUAAUGUUCCUAAACAAAUACAGGCUAAGUCAAAUCAUAGAAAUAAUAUUAACGAUUUUCAAAAAACGCAGGCGGCAGUACAUCAAAAAACUCGAAGAUAUAAUGAACAGGACCUAGGUAAUUAUCAAAAUCUUGAUUAUAAUCAAAAUGAUAAAAGUCCGACUACAACAUCAUCCCCAACAAUACAAAAAUAUGUACAGAAUACCUUCAAAGGUUAUCAUGUAGAGUUCCCACCAUCAACUACCGGAAUAGACAAUACCUCAGAAAAUCAAAAUAAAAAUAUAGCAAAAGGUCCAGCAUAUAAUAAAGAUGAUAGUCCCAAUGAGUAUCAAGAAGUCGAAUUUCAGAGUCAUGUGACAAAACCAUCAAUUAAAAAACCUCAAAAAUUUAAAACCAAUCCGAUUCCAUCUAAUGUACAUGAUAGUAAAUUUGAUUCAAGGAAAAAUUUAGAACUACCAAGUUCAGAAGAAUCUCAAAUACCACAGGAAUCUGCUUCAUUUUUGAAAAACUCAUUUAAUAGUAUACAAGAAACUUCAUCUUAUAACCCUUUCCCUAACCACAGAACAACUUAUGCUGAUAUCAAAACGAUUCCGUAUAUGUCUACCAAAGUGUACAGUACAAUAUCUUCAGUGACUCCUCAAUACAUCACUACUCAGCCAAUUAAUAACGGUAAACCAUUUUUGGGCAGCAGAGUUGGUAUUAAUAUCAAAACCACUAAAGAUCCAUUAUUUAUAAAUCCCCAGGUCAUGAAAACUAAAACACAGUUAGCUGCAGAUGAUGUAUUUAAAGUACAUGUAAUUUCAAAUUCUAAAAAUGUCACAAACUCGUCAUUAGUCAGCCCUAAAGUACUCGAAAAGAUCCUAUUUGCAAAAAUCAAACCUUUAGAUGAAUCUACAACAGUUGUUUAUAAAGGAACUUUCGAAUCAACUACCGAACACUUUUCUACAUUGGAAGAUUUUUCUAGUACAACUGAGGCUAUUUCAACAAUAACAACUGUAAGACCUGUAACUUCUAAUCCACAGAAAAAACAAUCAAAAACAACUAUUAGUAGAAAGCCGUUUAUAAUACAAUAUGAAGAUAAUCCAGAAGUUACAUACACAGAAUCUAGAUCAAAAACACCAGAUUAUGCUAUCAUCUACGGCUCAUUUCCAUCUACACCCCUUCCUAGCAACACAGUUCAAGUUAAAUUUAAUAAGACAACCAAUAAAAUAGGUAUUCAAUUAGGUAAAUCUUUUGGAUCCGGAUCAUCUAAAAGUAUCUCUGGAACAAAAUCUGUAAGCCAAGCUAAACCAAUCAAAAUUCAACAAAGUACCAUAAAACCUGAAGAAGUUUCAUUGGAUAAAAGUAAAGAAGAGAUACUUAUACGACUGUCCAGUAAAUCUAUUCCAGAAUCUUUAAGAGACAAUAAAAUUCAACAUUUAAAUCAAGGGAAGAAUAAAGGUUUUUAUGUUACAAAAACACAAGAUUUGUUACAAUCAACUACACAAAAUCCAACUGAGACUACAUUAAACGAUAUGCGAAUUUAUAACAUAACUAUACGGAGUACAACGCAACAACCUAGACCUUUCCAAAGAUUCUAUUACGAGACCUCUACUUUAUCAACUUUCGAAGAUGUUUCUAAACAACCAAAUGUAUUUGAUUAUAAAAUAUCAACAGCUAGUCCUUUCAAAUCUGGUUCGCCAGAACCAACCUUACCAACUCCUUAUAGAACAACAACUCCAUCCAUUUAUGAAAAUAUAGACAAUAUGAUUGAUGUUUUAACAGAAAUUACCAAAGAAGAAGCUAGUAGCUCGAAAUCUAGGCCAGGUUUAGUUGUUCCACCUUCCGUGGGACCACAAACUUUGCACACUCUUGCAGUUUAUUUUGCAAACGCUUUAGACGAAGUAAUUACUAAUAAAGUUAAAAAUUCUGGAAAAUUUUCAGAGAAAUUUAUGAAAGACAAUAAAGAAAAAUUAACAACUUUACUAACUCAAAUGACUGUACAUGGUUACAAUCAGUUAUUCAAUCAAAUACAGGAGAAAAAUGAUACAUUUAAAAUGAAUGAAACUACAAUAAAUAAUACAAAAAUAGAAGAUUUAAAAUUAGAGAGUCCCCAAAUACGACAACUAGCUAGAAAUUUCACGAUAGCUUUAUCAGCUUAUUUAAAUGAUCCUGAGAUGUUCAGAAAAGAUUUAGAGAAUUUCAGGCCUACUGAACCCCAAUCAGUAGAAAUAGAAACAACUACUGAUUACAAUAUUAUAGAUGAAGAAUUAUUAAACUAUUCAGAUGCAGAUACUAAAACAAGUCUUCCACCAAUACUCACCACUCUUCGUCCACCUUCUCCAACGUGGGGUUUUAUUAUAGCAGCCAAAUCUCCUAAUAACUUUGAAAUCGAAAAUUCCGUCACUAAUACUGAUUUGAAUACAGCCGACACUCAAUCAUUUGUACCAGGUUUGAACGAUAUUAAUAAUAACAAUGCAAAAAGUAAAGUAAUAACAAAGGAUUUGCCUCAAAACCAUUGGACUACUUCAACAAGUGCAACUAAUUUAUGGCAAAGCACUUUUUCGAUAGAUCCCGUAUUAUUUAAUGAAGAAUUUGAUUCUACUUCACCUUUGUUGUAUGAUGUAGAAACAACUUCUGCUGAACCAGACACUACUACACCAGAAAUUCUUCCAGCUAUUGGCCGUACCAGAGCAGUUAACUAUGAAUUACGUAGUUUACCCAAAUUUUCCUUUAAUUCUUCUGAAGUUUCUGGAAUUUUGAUAGACUUUAUGAACAAUUCCAGUGAUGAUUCUAAUGACCGAUUACAUAGGAUACUAAGAAAACUUAAUACUACAGAAGACGAAUUUUUGGUUAAGAUGAAGGAGAUAGAGUCCAAUCCAAUAACCAGGAGGCUUAUUUUACUUUUAAUAAGUGAAUGCGGUAAAAAUGCAACACAAGACAUCAAGCAUCACAAUGAAGAAAAUUUAGAGCCUCUAGAAUCUUUGGAGUUAUCGGAAACCAAUCCUCUUUCACCUAGUCAACCUCAAAAACACACUACCACUAAAGAAAAAAAUGAGUUCCAAGUAUACGUUAAUCCUAAUUUAAAAGAAGAUGAUCAAGAUACAAGAGCUCUGCAAUUGUUGAAUACUUUGUACAGUAUAGCUUCAAAAUUAGGAAAAUAGCAAUCUUUUUAAUUACUAAUGUAUUCUGGAUUGGAAAACGGCCAUAUUAAUACAGGAAACAAAUCAAAAUAUUUUUUUGAGAAAAAUCAGACUAAUUAUUGUUUUUUAGAAGUGGUGAAUAUUGUUAUGCCUUACGGUGAUUUUUGUAUAGAUAAGUAGAUUAGUGAUUAUAAAAAUAUUUUUAUAUGUAAAUAAUAAAAUAGUUUUUAAGAUUUUUUAUUAUAAUUAUAAUAACGUACAGCGAUCGUUGGUAAUGUCUUAUCAAAUGCCUUCUUUUUUAUUGUUAAUUACGUCUAAAGAUUUUUUUUUAAAUUGUACGUAUAACUUUUAAUGCUCUUUGCCAUUUCUAGUUUAUCAAAUUCAGAGGAGCUUCGUUUUUCAAGGAAUUUAUUAAUAAUCUAUGAAAGAUAUCGCCAAAGUAGACAUUACCGGUUCUAUCGUAAUUUCCUAGAAAAAUUAUAUUGUAGGUUUUCCAGAUUAGAUACAAUUUUACGGAAAGCUCGUUUUAUUAAAUGAUUAUUUUAAAAUUGUUUUAAAGGUAAAAACGACUGGA